AGUUUCCUUUCUUCACGCACUUCUGCCGGAGCAGAGGAGAGGACGUUGUGGUCGGCAGGCGCUUGGGGCAUGGGGACCCCGGGGGUGCCCUGGCCGCUCCUCUGGGCGGUGCUGCAGCUGGGUUGGCGGCCAGGCUGGCUCCUAGAGACUCCCAACAGGCCCUGGAGUCCCCUCACCUUCCACCCGCCUCAGCUCACGGUGGCCGAGGGGGAGACCGCCACCUUCACCUGCAGCUUCUCCAACACGUCUGAGGGCUUCGUGCUCAACUGGUACCGCAUGAGCCCCAGCAACCAGACGGACAAGCUGGCCGCCUUCCCUGAGGACAGCGGGCAGGAAGUCCGCAGGGACCAGCGCUUCCGCAUGACCCAGCUGCCCAACGGACAGGACUUCAAAAUGAGUGUCCUCACUGCCCGGCGCAAUGACAGCGGCAUCUACUUCUGUGGGGCCAUCUACCUGCACCCCAAGAUGCAGAUCCAAGAGAGCCUCCGGGCAGAGCUCACGGUGACAGAGAGAGUCCCGGAACAGCCCACGGAGGGCCCCAGCCCCCCACCCAGGCCCGCAGGUCAGCUACAGGGCCUGGUCAUCGGUGUCACAAGCGUCCUGGUGGGCGUCCUGCUGCUUCUGCUGCUGACCUGGGUCCUGGCCACUCGAGGGGGCUGUGCCUGCCGGAGUGAGGACCAGCCUCCGAAGGAGGGCCCCUCUGUGGCAUCUGUGGACUACGGGGAGCUGGACUUCCAGAGGCGGGAGAAGACCCCGGAGCCCCCCGCCCCCUGUGUGCCGGAACAGACCGAGUACGCCACCAUCGUCUUCCCCGGCAGGCCCGGCUCUCCCCGCAGGGCCUCUGCCGACAGCCCGCAGGGGCCCCAGCCCCUGAGACUUGAAGACGGACACUGCUCUUGGCCGCUCUGACGGCUCCUCGCCGGCCCAUGGCCUUCAGACCCUGCGAUAACUGGGUGGCCGCCCAGGGCUGAGCCUAGUGGGGUCACACCCCUGCACCAUGUCAGCCCUGCCUGGCUCUCCUCUGAAACCCUGAGGGACCUGGACGCAGGAGAGACCACUGUCCCUUCUGGGCGAGGAGAGGAGACUGGCCCAGGGCUCCAGACGCAGACCUGCUGUCCUGAACUGCGGCUCUGUGCCUCCUGCACACCCACCCUGGGUGUCAGAGGGGCUUCGGGAGUCACUGUGUCCCUCUUCCCCCUGCCUCUCAGGGGAGACUGGUGCCUGGACAAGAGGCACAGUGGGUCCUGGUUGGAGACUGUCUUGGGCGGCCAGUAAGGUGCCUCCAGAGCGAGGAAAUCCAGCACACACCUCGAAGGACACAGAGGGACGUGCAAGAGCCUGGCUCUCCCCAGGCCUGGAGAAGAGACUUGGCCGCCCAGGUGGGCAGCACCCCGAGUGGCCUCCUCCAUGGCGCCCAUUUACGGUGCUAUUUAAAGGUGCCUCGGAGGCUCCUGCUUGGGGUGCUGAGUGGGCACCCUCCAGCCAGACUACCACUCCUUACCCAGCACACACAGGGCAUCAGCUGUCCUGCAGGAUGGCCCGUGGGCACCCAGUGUGGGGGCUCAGAAGCAGGUGUCCUUCGUGGGCUCCACAAACACACUGAGCAGCCCUUUCCCUUUCUAUUAUAUUAUCUAUACUAAUAAAAGGGUAAUAUGCUAAUUAGA